CUUUGUUCUAUACUACUUACAACGGCUCUCCAUAUCUCUACAUCUGAGCUUGCUAGCUAAAGCGUGUCUGAUCUUUUUUGCCUCAUGAUUUCCAUCUGAUACUCAAACAGUAGUCCACCCAAAACUUGAAAAACAUUUUAACGUUAUUAUCCAUUUAGAGUAUAUAUGUUUGUCUGCUGUUGCCCUUAGCUUGUUUGAUUGUUACCUGAUAUAUAUAGUUUUGUCUCUAUAGCUUUUGCUCCUGUUUUCUUCUUCAUCAGUGGUCUGGUUUUGUUGUAGUUAUUAUUAGUUUGAACUGAACUGAAGGAAUAUAUAUAAUAAUGGAUAACGGUGAGAUAUUAUCGGAUUUCUUUGAGGAUUCGGAGCUUGCUGGCGACGACAUCUUUAGUAUUCUCGAGGCUUUGGACGGGGCGUCCAAAACUACCGAUUUGGUCUCUCCCAAGUCGGUUUCUUCCGGCGCAGCUCAAGAAUCAUGUGAAUCGGCGGCGGCGGCUGCUUCCCCGAGGACUUCCAAGAAACGGAAAACAACCUGCGCCGCCGCCGCCAGUGAUGGUUCGGAGGACGGGCAGCAACAACCUCGUACCUGUCACAUAACCGUCGAGCGGAAUCGCCGGAAGCAGAUGAACGACCAUUUGUCUGUCCUCCGCUCCCUCAUGCCCGCCUUUUAUGUCAAAAGGGGUGACCAAGCAUCAAUCAUAGAAGGAGUUGUGGAUUACAUAAACGAGUUGCAGCAGAUUCUUCAAUCAUUGGAGACGAAGAAGCAAAGAAAAGCUUACACUAGCGAAGUUCUAAGUCCCAGAAUACUAUCCCCCAGUCCAAGAAAACCACCUUUGAGUCCUAGGUUAAGUUUGCCGCCGAUAAGCCCAAGAACGCCGCAACCAACAUCUCCGUACAAACCGACAAACCCAACUACCAGUACGAGGCUGUUGCAACCGCCGUCACUUGCCGGCGGCGGCGGUUACCUCUUACCUGCCGCUGCAACCGCCAUUUCUGAGCCGGCGGCUUCUUCGUCUUCCACUUCCGCCAUUGACAGCGCCAACGAGCUCGCGGCGAACUCCACGUCGGCGAUUGCGGACGUGGAGGUGAAAUUCUCCGGCUCCAAUGUGAUCCUAAAGACGGUUUCUCCGCGCAUUCCCGGCCAAGCCGUGAAGAUCAUUUCUGCACUUGAAGACCUCGCCCUCGAGAUUCUCCAUGUCAGCAUCACCACCAUUAAUGACGACACCUCCCUUAAUUCCUACACUAUUAAGAUUGGAAUUGAAUGCCAACUGAGUGCGGAAGAAUUGGCUCAACAAAUCCAGCAAACAUUCUGCUAAUUAAGUAGCCUCCUUAGCUCAGUCCUUUGCCUGCUAAAGUCACAAAGCGGCCAAAAAGUGUACACCAUUAAACAGUAAUUGCGAGUUUCUCUCGUAGCCCAAAAAAAAACCUAAGUAGUCUAAUCUCCUCAUCACUGAAGAUUCAAUUGCUAUGUAGCUAGCUAGCUUGCUCCAUCUUCCAGUACAUGCAUGUCCAAAGUUCUUAACUCUCUCUAUCUCUCUAUCUGUCUCUCUCUCCUGGAUUUUUGAAAGAGAUAAUAAAGGAGAUGUGGGUAGAAAAUUAAAUUUACUGCAGGUUAUAUUAUAAUGUUAGUCAGACCACACAUAGCUACAUGCAUUAUGUACGUUAUGUUUAGAUUGUAAUACAAUGU